AUGGCGCCGCAAGAUACUUUCAUCGACGAUGAGGACGAUUCUUGCCACACACCACCAAACAAGCCCUUAAUCUCUAACAUCGUCCAACCGAAACAGCCCCUCUGCAUCGAGGAGUUCGAUCUUUCCGAUCGCAAUUUCAGGCCAUGCCCCUGUGGUUACCAAGAGGCUGAGUUCCGAGCCAACAUAACUAAAAACCAGAGAAAGCGGGCUCAAGAACAGCGACAGAAGGAGGCUCAAAAACGAGAAGCUGAAAAAGAAAAUCGCAAGAACCUCGUCGGAGUUCGUGUUGUUCAGAAAAAUCUGGUUUAUGUAACCGGCCUGACUCCAACUGUCCGAGAGGACGAGCUCACGAAAACGCUACGAAAGCCCGAAUUCUUUGGCCAGUACGGAAACAUCCAAAAAUCUCGAUAUCGAACCGAAAAGGUGGAGAGGGACAGAAUCCUUCGCUCGGCAUCUACGUCACCUUUGAAAAGCCAGAAGAGGCAGAUCGCUGCAUCAGGGCAGUUAACGGAUCCCAGAACGGAGAGCGCACUCUACGAGCUCAACUUGUAUCAGACCCACCAUAUUCCUUCUACAACCUCACAAUCGAGCGGCCGCCCAGCAAGCAAAGACGGGUCAGAGGAAAAUGGAACGGACGGUUCUGCCCUACCCUCUUCUGCUAACUGGGCCCGCAAUCCUCAACGCAGUCGGCGAGGCAGUCAUGCUACCAGUGGGGCUGCGCCCAGCCCAGCCAUCUCCGCCUCUUUGCCUGCUACGACUGAGGAAGCUGUUAUUGAUUCUCCGGCGCCUGAGCCGGCCAAACCUGUACCUGCACAGCAGGUGAAGGAAAGCAAGGCGUCGAAGGAACCCGAGGCCCCUCCCACGGCACAAUCGGCUACAACCAAGCCAGGCAGUAUUCCAGAAGACGUUCUUAAGAACAUCAUCAAGAAGCUCUAUUCCUGGCAGUUGCCCAACAUUACCGCUGAAAUCAGCCAAUCCGUUGAGCUCUACCCUCCUUUGUUUGAUAUCCGUGGUGGCGAGAAGAGACGUGCUAUGCGCGAGGAGGAGGCCCGCCUUGGUGGAGAGCAGGAAGAGACUGUCGAGACUCAGGAGCCGUCGGAAGAGGGCGAGCCUGAGGCCGGCGGUAGCCUUGCUCUUGGCGGAGAACCCGAGGAGAGGGAACCCGUUAGGGAGGGACAGGGCUACGACCUGCGACGUGGUGGCGUUCAGCCCCCAUUCAACGUUCGAGCGCCGAUGGAAUAUUCGGUCCAGCCCUAG